CGUUCUGGUCGCGAGGUCGUUGCUGACGUAGCCCGGACAGCCUUAUCCGGCCCUGGCUGGGUAUAAGACGCUGGCCAGAUCUGGCCGGAACAUCAGUCCCACUUCGAGCUUUACCCUGCGUGCCAGCGUCGACGAGACCAAACACACUCAACAUGAGGAUCGGCCAGGUCAUCCCCAACUUUACGGCUCAGACAACCCAAGGGCCAAUCGACUUCUAUCGGUGGCAAGGAGAAUCGUGGGUGGUGCUGUUCUCGCACCCGUCCGACUUCACGCCCGUGUGCACCACGGAGCUGGGCCGCAUCGCCGUCCACUUCCCCGAGUUCCAGAAGCGCAACACCAAACUGCUGGCUCACUCGUGCGACAGUCUGCAGUCGCACAAGGACUGGGUCAACGACAUCAAGUCGUACUGCCUCGACAUUCCCGGCGACUUCCCCUACCCCAUCAUCGGUGACGAGACCCGAGAGCUGGCCGUGCAGCUCGACAUGAUCGACGAGGACCACAAGGACGACCCCGAGACCGCCCUCACCGUGCGCGCACUCUACAUCGUCGGCCCGGACCACAAGCUCAAGCUGGCCAUGCACUACCCCAUGUCCACCGGCAGGAACGUCGACGAGAUCCUGCGCUGCCUCGACUCCCUGCAGCUGACAACCCGCCUGCCGUACGUGGCCACGCCUGCCAAUUGGACCCCGGGCACCAAGGUCAUGAUACUUCCCAGCGUCAAGGAAACCGACAUCCCCAAGCUCUUCCCAAAGGGCGUCGAAAAGGUGUCCAUGCCUUCCGGCGUCGUCUACGUCAGAACGACUACCGACUACUAGGCGCCUCCGGUAGCUUGCGUCGCUUUCGUAACAUUUAUUUGCCUGUGAUAGUGAUAUUCCGUAUUUCCCCCAUUCUACAUUUUACAUUAAUAAAACAAUAUUUAUAAAACAAUCUUA